UGUACUUAUCUCCAGGCCGAGCGAGACCAUAACGUUCUAGACAUUCACGUCUUCCGAGAACGCCAAGCUGACUGCGGCCCUACGAGCAAGCGGCCGAGCCGAGCAGCCCGUCAUCGCAACGGCCGAGCGAACAACAGACUGGGUUAUACUGCCUCCGUCUUUCGCGAAGGCGAGGCACGAGAUGGCUAAGAACAAGAUACAAACAGCUGUUGGUCAGCAUUCCCAUUGA